AUGGUAAACCGCAAUCACAUGGAUGAUCAGCUUGAAAUUCAUCUUGUUGUUUUGAAGAAUAAGAUGAGGAAGAAGAAACAAAACAAGUCAUAUGUCAGAUGGAUGCCACAACAUUUAAAACAUACAAAAACAAACCCGCUGCAAAAAGGUUUCCAUCAAGUUUAUACAAUGGAAAUACAAGCUGAAACACCUGCCAAAAAACCAAAAAGAUUAACAUCUGUUGUAUGGAACCACUUUGAAAGGGUGAGAAAAGCAGAUGCAUGUUAUGCAGUUUGUGUACACUGUCAAAAAAAACUAAGUGGAUCAAGCAACAGUGGCACCACUCAUUUAAGAAACCAUUUAAUGCGAUGUUUAAAAAGAUCCAAUUUUGAUGUGUCACAAAUACUCGCUGCAAAAAGAAAAAGAAAAGAUGAUACAGUCAGCAUUGCAAAUGUCAACUAUGAAGACAUACAAAGAAAAGACGACAACCCAAUCCCAAUUGCAUACAAGUUUGACCAAGAACCAAAGAUGGAAGAAACAGUCAACCUUGGAAGUGUCAAGUUUGACCAAGAAAGAAGCCGGUUUGACUUAGCCCGUAUGAUCAUGCUCCAUGAUUACCCCCCUACCAUGGUUGAGCAUGUUGGAUUCAAGAUUUUUGUUAAAAAUCUUCAACCCAUGUUUGAAGUUAUCACAACGAGUGUAAUUGAAUCCGAUUGUUUAACAAUUUACGCGAAAGAACGACAAAAAGUGUUUGAAAUCCUCCGGAAUCUCCCCGGGAGAAUCAGUGUUUCCGCCGGAAUGUGGUGGUCGCCGGAAAACACCGAAUACGUAAGCUUAACAGCGAAUUACAUCGAUGAUCAAUGGAAGCUGCAGAAAAAGAUUCUAAAUUUUCUAACUUUGGAAUCUUCACAAACAGAAGACUCGUUAUCUGAUUUAAUCAUAAAAUGUUUAAUCGAUUGGGACGUUGACCGGAAAUUAUUCUCGUUGACUCUCGAUGAUUUCUCCUCUUACAAUCAUAUAAAAGAAUGGUUUUCCCAAAACCGACCCGUUUUAAAAAACGGGGAAUUGUUCGAUAUAAGAUGCUCCUCACAUCUUAUAAAAUCCCUCAUGAAAGACACAAUGGAAUCACUAAAACCCAUGACAGAAAAGAUCCGUGAAAGCAUCCGAUACGUGAAAAGCGCGAUGUCAAUUCAAGAAAAGUUCAACGAAUUUGGUCAACAGGCUUCGGUCAACACCUCAAAAUCUUUAUUUCUUGAUAAUUCGAUACGAUGGAACUCAACAUAUUUUAUGCUGGAAUCCGCGAUUGAACACCGUAGCGCGUUUUAUUUACUCCAAGAACACGAUCAAAACUACACCAUGUUUUUAUCGGAUCAGGAAUGGAAUUGGGUGGUUUCCGUUACUUCACUUAUGAAGCUUCUUGUCGAGAUGAUUUCAUCCGUUCACUAG